AUCUCUUCAUUGUCAUGUUAUUUCUUUCGUCCUUUGUAUCUCAAUUGCUUCAUUUGCAAGAUUUCUGGAGGUGCUGUACAUAGUGGGAAGUCCCCAAGAUGCAGUCCUACCUCGCGUACAAGCGUUUUGGCAAGAAUGCCCGAGAUCAAUACGAGAGAGACAGGAAACGAGCAGAAGCUCUUUCGAGGGGAAACGCAGAGAACGAUGUCCAAGCACAAGGGGAGCCAUUAGGCCAGCGACAAUCCUCAAUUUAUUCCUCACAUACCGAGAUCCCAUCUCCACCAGGCGACCAAAGUCCAGAUACCCGCGAUCCAGAGAAGGGAGAACAGCCAAGCGAAGAUGGAGGAGAGAUCGAUCACGCUCCUACCAUGGAGACAAUCCACACUACGCACAGUUUCGGCACAAGAAUGGGACAUGCGAUGACAGGUAUCGAAGUCAGAGAACUCAGCAAAGAGAUGACAAGACGACGAACCAGAGCAUCAGGACGAACGAAUGCGGACGACAAGCAGCCUGAGAGAGAAAAAGUGUUUGUAGUAGGCUACGAAUCGGAAACAGAUCCCAUGGACCCGCACAAUUGGUCCUACACCACCCGAAUCCUCGCAACGAUAAUGAUAGCCUGGAUUGGAUUCAUCGUCGGCUUUGCUUCCGCUGUCGACUCGGCGGCCCUGACUCAAGCUGCUAAAGAAUUCGGCGUCGCUGAAGUCACGGAAUCUCUUGCUACGGGUCUCUUUCUUGUUGGGUUUGGCUUCGGUGCUCUAUUCGCUGGACCUAUUUCUGAGACUGUGGGAAGAAACCCUGUGUAUAUUGUUACGUUGGCAAUAUACAUGAUCUGGAUCAUGGCUUCUGCUCUGGCACCGAAUAUUGGAGCUCAACUCGUCUUCCGUUUCCUAGCCGGAUUCUUUGGUUCUACGCCACUCACUUGUGCAGGUGGCUCGAUCUCCGACCUCUGGAAUCCAAUGGAGCGCGUUUACGCUUUCCCCGUAUUCGCGAAUGCUGCAUUCAUGGGCCCAAUCUUCGGUCCAGUUGUUGGAGGUUUUGUCGGCCAGUCCACACUUGUGAGCUGGAGAUGGUGCGAAUGGAUCACACUUAUAAUCUCUGGAGCCAUCCUAGCCCUAAUCCUCCUCUUUCAACCAGAAACAUUUGCUCCCAUCCUCCUAUAUUGGAAAGCAUCCCACCUCCGCAAAAUAACAGGAGACUCCCGCUACGUCGCCGAAGUCGAGAUCCGUGCCGAUCCCUUCUUCACACGUCUCUUGCACGCUUUGUACAGACCAUUCCUUCUGACAAUCCGAGAACCUAUCGUCGUCCUCUUCGCUCUGUACCUUACCAUCGUGUACAUCAUCCUCUUCACCUUCCUGGAUGGCUAUACCUACAUCUUCGGCGACACCUACGGUUUCAGCGAAGGUAUAACCGGGCUCGCCUUCCUCGGCAUCGCAAUUGGACUCUGUGGCGCCUCUGUCCUAGUUCCCCUCAUCCACCACUGGGCAAAACGGGACCUAGCCGCCCUGCAAGCAGCACACGGCCCAUCCGCCAAACUGCCUCCCGAGAAGCGCCUCUGGUUCGCCAUGUUCGGCGCUCCUGCCGUCCCAAUAUCCCUCUUCUGGAUGGGCUGGACGAAUUAUCCCAGUAUAUCCUACUGGAGCGGCCUUUUAGCUAGCGUGCUGUUCGGAUAUGGAAUCCUGUGUAUCUUCAUCAGCAGUUAUCAGUAUAUCAUCGACAGCUAUGAGAUGUAUGCUGCGAGUGCGUUGGCCAGUUUGACGCUGAUUCGGUAUGUGGCUGCAGGAUGCAUGGUUGAAGUGGGAAUUCCAUUUUAUGAGAAUUUGGGGGUGCAUUGGACGUUGACGAUCUUGGGAGCUAUUUCGGCGCUGAUGGUUCCUGUUCCGUAUGCGUUUUACAGGUAUGGGCCGAAGAUAAGAAGUUGGUCGAAAUACGCUCAGAAUAAUAAUGAAGAAUGAUCUUGGAUGGGCUUUGAGAGAGGCGAGAUAUAAUGUAUGUAUGCGCAAUUUGGGGUGUAAAUAUCUGGCGAGGAGCAUUAGCACGGUGUUGGUGGUCAUGUAUUCAGAAAUAUGGGCAAGCCAAUAAAAUAAUGUAAAGUCA